CCGAGAUUUUUUUCGUGAUUUCAGUUUAAUCAAUCUUUUUUAAAAACGAAUAUGGUUUUAAGAUUCAAGGGCAGGUUGAAAUAUUAAUUUUUGCACGGUGAUUUCGUCCAGUUCCUGGUAACAGUGACUCAAAGACCACGUGAUCAGCGUGGUCCUAUAAAUACCUUUUGAGAGCUAAAGAGGAUAGUGUGACAGUCUGGCUGGAUACCUACCCAAUCCUGUGCGUAAAAGAUAUUUUGGAAAGGUACUUGGAUAUCCAAAAGUGGCCCUUUAAAUGGCCAACAGCAUAAACUGAUAACAGACGGGAACCAUCGCAUUUGAAGACAACACAAGUCCAUAUCGGAGCAAGAUCGAUGAUUUUUGACUUGUCUUUUUACGCCUGAAAAUCAGAAGUUUUCUGCUCGAUGAGAACCUCGCACGGCCCUGCUUGACCAGCCUCGGACGGCCAGGACUCGCCAAAUCCACAGGUCAAAGAGUUAUUUAUCUUUUAAAUAGAUUCUAGCCAUGUGUGCAUUCAGUAGUUGGAGAUAAAGCUGCAGCAAAAGUCUGGUGUGGUUGUAGGGGGAGAGGCAGAGUGUGUGCGCGCUCUCGCUCAGUAAACUUCAUCGGACCAGAGGAGGAGGAAAUCUGGGAAAGAGGGGUAAAAGAAGCGGCGUCUUCAAGGAUGACUUUAGGGACGGAUAUGUCCGACAGCUCUGCAUUGUCCGAAGAUGUGGACAUCGACGUGGUUGGGGGCGAUAUAUCCGUUGGAAAGGACGGAAAGUACAUUCACCACGAGUUCAACUUGGACAAUGACUCGGACGAUAAUUACUCCCAGAACGCGGCUGAGAGGGCUUCCUCUCCCGGGCUCAGCAGCUCCGACUGCCCGUCAGACCAGAUGGGCUCCAACGCAGAGGCCGGGACCGUGAUUGGGGACAAAUCGAGAAAAAAUGCACUUGUAAAGCCACCCUACUCUUACAUCGCCCUGAUCACCAUGGCCAUCCUGCAGAGCCCCAAGAAGCGCCUCACACUCAGUGAGAUCUGCGAGUUCAUCAGCAACAGAUUCCCCUACUACCGGGAGAAAUUCCCAGCUUGGCAAAACUCGAUACGCCACAAUCUUUCCCUAAACGACUGCUUCGUAAAAAUCCCACGGGAACCUGGCAACCCCGGAAAGGGCAACUACUGGACCCUCGACCCGGAUUCCGCAGACAUGUUCGACAACGGGAGCUUUUUGCGCAGGAGGAAGCGCUUCAAGAGGCACCAAAGUAAUGAAAUCCUUAGGGACUCUGGUGGCUUUCUUCCCGGGUUUGGAUACGGCCCGUAUGGAUACAACUAUGGACUCCAGCUGCAGAACUUUCACGCAGCCCACAACCCGUAUCACCCACACCACACAGGUGGUUCAUUCCCGUUCCCUAACGCACCCUGCACCUUGCCCUCAUCCAUAUUCCCUGCGCCGCAUCCACUGCCUUCCCUUUUAGGGGCCGAUUUAAGAAAGCCUUUUUACCCUCAGCUUAGCCCGUCUCUGCCGCCUCUCAAGACAGACUCCAGCACCCCGAGCCGGCCUUCAUUCUCCAUUGACAAUAUCAUCGGUGCGGCCAACUCCACCGCCUCUUCCUACAGCGCGCAGCCGGGCAGCCAGGCUCAAAUCCUGGCCAUGUUGACCCCAGCACUGGCCUCUGCUUCCAACCAUUUGAGCCUAUCACAGGACAGCAUAUUACAACCCGGGCCACAGAGUCAGACUUUUUCCAGCAAAACCCCGACUAUGAACAGUUGUCCUUUCUAAAAAACAAAACAAAAAAAAAAACAAGAAUGCCCGCUGAAAAUCUUUUAUUAAAAAGCCUAUUGUGGCAUCGUCCUAUGUGAAGGUAGGCUGAGCAUUCUUGGUGAAAUAAGAGUGUUUUGGCUCUCCACGGUUCAUCCCAAUGUAAGAGGAGAGAAAGGUUUAUUUAUGGUUUGUAAAUAUGUGUAUAAUAUUGAGAGACAAAAGCAAGAGAAACUCUGAGAGGGAUCUUUUUAAACAAUACUGGCCUGCAAAUCUGGCACGUGGCCUUCAAUGGUCGAUGGGGGGAAAAGAAAAAGAUCUUGUUAUUUUAACAUAAGUUAAAGGUGUCACCCAUGACUGCGGGGAUGAUUUCCAAUUUUUUUAAAAAAUAUAAUUGAGAAUUAUAUUAUGAUUUAUAUUGUUUUUAUUUUGUGCGUCGUGAGAAAAAUGGCACUGUUGUUGUUGACAUAUAGUUCUGACAGACGGCAAACUCAGGUUUUACUUAGAAAGCACAUGGAGACAAAAGGGGGUUUCUGACACACACAGACACACACACACACACACACACACACACACACACACACAUACAAAAUUAACCAUUUCCCCACCAUCACUCCCCCCCAAAUCUCCUCUACAUGGUGAAUUUGUGACAGUAUCAUUUCAUGUUGUCGGUGGACAUGUAGGCUAUGUGGUUUUUUUGGUACAAAAGGUCGCAUUACCUCUCUCAACCUUUUAAUUGUUGUUCGUUCCUAUCUAUUUCACAAUGGAAUCUGUGAGACAUACAGUAUGUCAUGUGUUGCCAAUAGAGAGAGACACCUAAAUGUUCAUAGGUCAU